UAAUUGCCGCCCGGAAGCUGUAGAAAACGAAAUAAGCAGCGUACAAAGUGUGUAUUUCUAAAUUUCUUGAUAACGUCUUAAAACAGCCAAUUUGGAAUUGCUAGUGGGUUGGCUCAAAGGCUACAAAUGGCGGCAGAUAACACAAGCAGCAUGGUGAUGGUGGAUUGUACAGCGUGUGCUCAUCCAAUAAAUCUAGAAAAACACAAAAAACUUCGAACACAUCCAGAAUUUAAUGUGGUGAUCUGUAAGAAAUGUUGGGAUUUUUUAAAGAGUGGUGAGAUAUCAAAAGAUGAAGAUGGUUAUGAUGAACAGUGUCGAUGGUGUGGGGAUGGUGGAGAAUUACUUGGUUGUGAUUACUGUACUAAAAGUAUUUGUAAGAAUUGUAUCAAACGAAACUUCAGUAAAGAUAUCCUAGCUUCAAUAAUGGAUGAAAAUGCUAAAUGGGAGUGCUAUGGUUGUAAUUCAAGUCCCUUGGCUAAUCUGGUCACAGAAGCUAAAGAAUUAUUAGAAUAUGUCAAGGAAAAAAGAACAGAAGAUGGAAAGGGAGAUUCAGAUUCUGAAGACAGUGAAAAAAAGUCUUUUAAGAAUGAAAAGAAAAAAUCUAAAGACACUGAGGAAGAUACCAAAAAAUCCAAAAGUGACAAAACCAAAAAAAAGAAAGCAGAUGAAAUCGAUGAAGAUUAUUCAGAUGCAGAAGUUAAAAAAUCAAAGAAGACAGCAAAGAAACCUACAAUAGAAAAUCGUGGCAGUAAGUCAAAAGAUUUAGUUGACACCGAUGAUGAAGAUGAUGGUGAAAACAAGCAAUCCUCAAAGAAAGAGAAAAAGAAAGAUUUAAAGAAAAAGGAUAGUGAUAAUAAUGAUGAUAAUAAUGAAGAUGACAAAAAGUCCUCUCGGAAAACCAAGAAGAAAGAUCCAAAGACAGUAAACAGUGAUGAUGAUGAAGAUGACAAGAAAUCCUCAAAAAAAGAUAGAAAAACAGACACAAAGAUUGUUGACAAUGAAGACGAUGAUGAUGACGAUUACAAAAAGUCUUCAAAGAAUAGUGAAAAGAAAGACCCAAAGAAAAGAAAGGGAGCAGAGAGUGAAGAAGAUUCUGAUGCUGAAAACAGUAAAACAUCCCCCAAAAAAGCCAAAAAGGCAGAUAUCAAGAAAAAGAAAAUUGAUGAUGAUGAUUCAGAUGAUGAUGAUGCGAAGAAGACCAAAUCACGCAGCACACGUCGAAAAGCGUCAAACGUUAAAGCUAAUAAAAAAACGGGUGACUCCGACUCAGAUUCUGAGUCAAGGGGUAAAAGAAAAAAGAAGAAAGAGGCAACAACAGACAAAAAGAGUAAAGCUAAAGACAGCGACGGAGAUUCGGAUGAGGAUGUCAAACCCAAGCCACGUACAAACUCUAGGGGUCGACCAGCUAAAAAGAAAUCUGACAUCGAGGAGGAUUCAGAUGAUGAGGAUGCCAAACCCAAGCCCCGUACAAACUCUAGGGGCCGACCAACUAAAAAGAAAGCAGACAUCGAGGAGGAUUUGAAUGAUGAGGACGCCAAACCCAUGUCCCGUAGGGGCCGACCAACUAAAAAGAAAGUUGACAUCGAGGAGGAUUCGGAUGAUGAGGACACCAAACCCAAGCCCUGUACAAACUCUAAGGGCCGAACAACUAAAAAGAAAGCUGACACAGACGCUGAUUCAGACGAUGAGGACGCCAAAACAAAGUCCCGUAGGGGCCGACCAACUAAAAAGAAAGCUGAAACCGAAAGUGAAUUAUCAGAUGCAGAGUCCAAAAAAAGUAAAUCAAAACCGAAAAGAUCAACUAAAAAGGCAGUAAAGGACUUUGAUUCAGAUGACGAAGACAGUCCAAAGAAAAGAAAAUCUAGUCGUAAACCAAACAAAAGUAAAGAAUUACUCGAUAAUGAUUCUAGUGAUUCAGAAUCUCAAACCAAGAAAAAAACAAAUAAGAAGAUGGAUGAUAGUGACUUCGAAAUGGAGGAGGAGGAGGGAUAUGCCAAGCGUGGAAAACAGAAGGACGAUUCCGCAGAAGAAGUUGAUUAUGAAGAUUUCUUGAAGGAAGCAAAGAAAAAUACGAGUAGAUCAGCCAGUAAGCGGAAGAUAGCCACAAUUACUGCAAAGAAAUCUACACCAGCAUCAAAACGUUCAGGAUCUAGUAAAGAAACUCCUAAAAGUCGUAAAGAUCGUUCUGUGUCAGAAACCCCAACACCUAGAUCAAGAUCUCAGAAGACUAAAAAAGUUGAGCCGAAACCGAAAUCAACGCCCAGAUCAACAAGUAAAGAUACUGGUGGUAAAAAGACAAGUUGUACGGCCUGUGGAUCCGGUAUUAACAUAUCUAAAGAUGUACCAUUUCAGCAUCCAGAUCUAGAUGUUGUCAUCUGUCAGGAUUGUAAUGACUUCCUUAACAGCGGUGAGAUUACAAAAGAUGAGGAUGGUCUAGAUGAACAAUGUAGUUGGUGCGGUGAGGGUGGAGAAUUACUUGGAUGUGAUUUCUGCGAUCGUGUCUUCUGUCAGGCUUGUAUCAAGAGAAAUUUUGGCAAUGCGAAUUUAAAGGCUUUACUAAAUGCUGAUGAGGAUGUAAAAUGGAAGUGCUAUGUGUGUGAUACAGCACCUCUUCAGACUUUAGUUGAUCAAAGUAAACAACUGUUCGAGAAAAUAGCGAGCGCUAACAUAGAAUCGGCAGCUAAAGGCUCUAAGUCGAAAUCUUCUGCGUCACUUACUGUUUUCAGUGUGAAGCCUGCCGGUGUGGCUGAUAAAGUCAGCAAAAUUCUCGACGCAUCGCAAUCGUUGCAGUCUCUGCUAGAAACAUUAAGAGGAGAAAGUUCAGUGGUUGGCUAUAGUGAUGAGAAAGAUUGCUCUAAAAGGCUAGAGAAAGCAUUAAACGUUUUUUUUAAAUCUGUUGAUGAAAUCGUUAAAACUGAACCACCGAAACCCAAAUCUCCAAGCAAAAGUAAUUUGGUGAAAAUGGACACUGAUGAUGAAAUCCAAUCUCCGUCGAAGAAAAGUAAAUCUAAAAGUGAUACAACUCCGGAAAAGAAAGACGAACCAUCUAAAAUGGUUUUGUCAGAUAUCAGUGACUUUAGCAAUAGCGCUGAUGAAGAAGAGAAGGAUGACAAAAAAAAGAAAAUCGAUGAUUUCUUAAAGGAUGAUUCGGCUUGGUGUGAGGUUUUCGGAAAUAAAGGCCAGAAAGAUGAGAAAGAAAAGGAUGAAGAAAAGAAAGAGGUAGAAUCUGAAAACGACAAAAGUGAGUCUGGGGACAAGACAAAGACAGGGGAUGAACCAGUGGAAAACAGUAUUAAUUCUGAGGAUAAAACAGAGGACAAGGAAGACAAAGAGGAGGGAAAUUUGGAAAGCAAAGACGAGCAAGCUGCGGAACCCGUGAAGAGCGAGGAAAAGGUCAUUAAUAAUGCCGGAGAUGCUGAAGAGAAAUGUGAAGAAAAUGGAAAUGAAGAUAUGGAAAAAGAUGCUGGAGUUGAAAAAAAUGUGGGAGAAGAAAAAGGCAAAGAUGAAGAAAAAGAUUCCAAAACUGAAGAAGAACAAGAAGGCAAAACCAACGGACUUAGUGUGAAGCGUAAUUUGGAGGACUCCACUAGUGACAAUGAAAAUAAAAAACCCAAAUUAAGUGGGGAUGAUGAUUCUGAAUUACCUUCAUUUGACUGUUAAUUAAAUUUCAAAUUUUUGAAAUCAUUUUAUUAUAUAAUUGACCAGUUGUUGAAAAUAUUUGUCACACAUUUAUCCUUAGUUUUCUACGCAAAAUACAUCUCAGAUUUUCAUUAAAAAAUGAUUUUUUUAGGGUGUUGUUAACCAAACUUUUAGGAGUUUUUAGCUUGAAAUCUAUACAUUUUUGAUAUAGUUUAAUUUUAGUAGGAAAGAGUAUAAUCAUUUGUAUCUUCAGGAUUUUAGGGAUUUUAAUAGAUAUUUGAAAAUCCCUGCACAACAGCAGUACAAAAUCAUUGUUAGGUUGAAAUGAGAGGUGGUUUAUUCAUCUUUAUAACGUUUUGGCUUAAAGACCCUUUUAAAUAUCUAUUUAUGUCUGCUCUCACCGCUGGCAUAAUCCUUUAAGAUCCUAUUGUGUUUUUUUACGAUAUUUGAACAAAUUCAGGGUAAUUGAUUCAAAGUUGUUAGCGUUUCCAGAAGUUGCACAUUAUCUCAUUAAAUAAAUCUGUCGGAUCGUCAUGCUUUAUUUUACCUCCAAGUCAAGAGACACAUCAAAGGGAAGAUAAUAACUCGUUGAAUGACUUGAUAAUUAUAUUUUUGUAUGCUCGCGUUUAAAUUGUUGAACAUUGCAGUGUGCCACAGAAGAAUCAAGGGUUUACAGCUACUUUUUAGUUACUGAAUGUGGCCACCUUUCUGUAUUGCUCAGAUGACUUGGAUGCUUUUGAAAACACAUACCCUGCAUUUGAAUUUAAGAUUAUUUUCUUUUAUGUUGUUUUUAUCAAAAUUAAAAAAAAGCUUAGGUCCUACCCAAAAAAUAUUCUGGUUAUCAGACAAUCCUUCCCAGAAAUCUGAUACAUAUGGGAGAAUAUUAUUUUUGUGUUUUUUUGGGUUAUUUGUCAAAUGAUCACUACUUGGCUAAAUGAGAUUGUUUUUAUUCAGCCCUAUUAAAGUGUGGAGCCACCGUGUCUCGGUGAGUAAAAUGAUUGCUCGCUAACCCAGAGGUCCUGCGUUUGAUCCCGAAGUUAGUCGUGAAAGUCCAUCAGGAUUUUCUGGCUUGGUUCGCUAUCGUCUGUGGUAAAGGAGAGUGGGCCUGUCAAGGUACAACGUAUAGUCGUUUGGAUGGGAUUGAAACAAAAACAGGUCCCGUGUGCACGUAUAAGGACCCUGGCAAAAUUCCCCAUAAAGCCCACUGUAUGGCAUGUGCCUGUCUUCAUUAACCCUUUCAGGGCAGAAUGGGGGGUUGGAUGGCCGAAUGGUUAGUACGUGCAUGCUGUAUCAUAAGGUCUGGUGUGGUUUCGAUUCUCUGGUUAUAUGUGACCAGGAGUAGGGUCGCCUGUCCAACCUCGUGGGUUUUCUCCGGAUUCUCCGGUUUCCUCUCACUGCUAAAGACCCCUACACACAAGCGAAUUAUUGAAAUAAAGUUGAACCAUGUGUUAGUUUGUGUCGAGUGGACGUUAAACCCAUCUCUCUCUCUCUCUCUAAGGACCUUCAAUUUCAUUUCAUUUCCUUUUAAAAUGAUACAGGAUUAUCUGAUCAAUAGAAUAUAUUUUUUAAAUGACCUUAUUUUGAAUUGUAAAUAUGUUUUUUCUCUCUCUCUUAACUGAUAUGCUAAUGAACUUGUUAGGAAAUAGCAAUUUUUACAAAAUUUUCCGAUAUAGAAUUAUUAUUGGGAGAAGAUGUUGGGGAUUUGAGGGGUAAAUAGGCUAUCUGAAUGGGAUUGGGGAACAGGCCUGUCCUACAGUGUAUGUAAUACCCUUUCCCUUAAUAUUUAUCUACCAGUUGAUUUCGUUCCUUGAGCGAUUCUAAAUUUUUAUGUGAAGAUUUCAUUGAUUAUUCACUCCCUUCCUUUAAUGGUGAUUAUAAUAUAGAAUACAGGCAGCCUAAUGACCAUCGAAAAAUGUCAACACUUACCUCCAAACAAAUAACCCACAGAUGGAUCUCGAUCUGAUCAUCCGCGCCACAGGAGUAAGAAAAGGUUGACACAUUUCCAUUCAUGAUUCAGCAUUUAAUUUGUCCCUUUCAAUCCAUGGCAUCAUUCUACCACCCAGUUCUGUGGGUUAUUGCUUUGGACGCAGUGUUGACAUUUUGCGACAAUCCAUAACACACAUGAUGUAAAGGACACAAGACUUAAUAUCAUUGCAUGCAAGUAUUUGGUAUAUAUUUCCGCCCUUCCCCCAUUAUUUGUAUAUAACAUAUCGGUGUUGUAUUAACAUUUAUAUAAAUGUAUUAAAUCGUUCUCGAGCUGUAAAUUGAAAGCUUAUUGAAAUAACAAAUGUUUGUAAACUAUAUUUGUUAUUCUUAAACGUUGUUUUAACUUUAAAAGAAAAAGAACUGAAGAAAAUGAAAUUCUAAAUAUUAGGAUGAUUAUGAUUGAUAUUUUUGAUUUUUUCUUUGAAUAGAAUAGAACAUUUUAAAUUGUACAUUAAUUUGCUAAAUCCUGGUUUCUUUAUCCAUCUUCAUUGGCCUAGUCAGAUGUUAAAUCAUUUUAUUUUCCAUUAAUAAAUAACAGUACUUUAUUCCUUAUAUGCUGUCGACUAGGAUCUAGAGCUUAUAAUUUUAAAUUGUACUUUGGUAUGUUAAAAUACUUCCCCAUUUUUUUUAUGCCGGUCAAUCCAGGGCAAAGAUUACACAAAACACUCUCAGACUUAAGAAUUUACUCAACUUUCAAUCACGUUCAAUAUCUUUGAUCCAGAAACACAAAAAUUUGCGCUUAGUUUCUUGUUCAAGUAUUUGAUACAUUAAAACAACAAAAGUUUUAUUAAGGGCUAUAUUUGAGUUAAAAUAAGGUGAACAAAUUGGAGUCAAUUUUUUAACUUAAACCUGAGAAUGUUUUCUGAAAUCGGGGCCAAGACUUAUGGUACUUGUACUUAAGGUUACCGGUAUUUAUCUAAUCACAAGUUAAUAUGUGUGCAGGGAACAUUGUAUAGUCGUUUGGAUGGGACGAAAAACCUAGGUCCCGUGUACACAUUGGCGUGCACGUUAAAGAUCCCUUGGCAGUUAGAAUUUAAUAUGAGAGUAGGCCGUAGCCACCUGUCUGGGCAAAAUUUCGUUCAUUGCACACUGUAUGGCGUAUGCCUGUCUCAUUAGCCCAGUCGGAGCAGAACAGUAAGAUGUUAAAUCCCAUUUCAUUUCAUUUUUAUAUACGCCCACAUGGAAAUUUGGUCAUAUAUUGCCAUAGCCUUGGUCCGUCGUCCAUAAUUUCGUGUGAACACGAAGAAGCCUAUUUACUUUCAUCAAUUUCCAUUAAUUUCUUCUGGUGUUUCGGCCCAUGUUACCACUCUGUUUAAUGCUGUGAAUGCUCUUAACAACAAAAGUUUUCAUCCAAGCUGUAUAAAAUUUAUAUACAUCAUUUGAAAUUAGUGAAACGAAGAAGCCUAUGGCCCUUGUUUCACUUUCUUGAACCUUGUUAACGCUCUAACGACAAGUCGUUAUCCAAUUAGUGAAACAAAAAAGCCUUUUGAAUAACAGCAUUUUCCGUUAAUUAUGUCUAGAGUUAUGGCACUUGUUUCACUUUGUUGAAGGUAGUGAGCGCUCUAAUGACAAAAGUUGUGCUUAGUGAAACAAAAAAGCCUUUUGAAUAUCAGCAUUUUCCGUUAAUUAUGUCUAGAGUUAUGGCACUUGUUUUACUUUGUUGAAGGUAGUGAGCGCUCUAAUGACAAAAGUUGUGCCACCUAUAUGAGCGCUCUAAUGACAAAAGUUGUGCCACCUAUUACCAGUGUCCGAAACAAACAUUCUCCACGCACAGGCCUGCAGGACCUGUGUGACACAUGAUCAUGUGGGUACCUCAGGUGACACGCAGGCCCAACCAAUAAUAAUAUUUAUAAGAAUAAAUAUGCGACGACCGCUCGGACGAUUUAGCUGCUGUGGGCACAUUUUUCGUUGCCCGGUAACCCAUCUUUGAUUCCAAGAUGACAGCGUGAACAUUAUGCACUGUCUAUAGUACACUUAUACAUGAAUAAUCGUUUACAUUUACAUUUUAAAAAACAAAUAGCCAGUCUUAACUCGUUAGAAGUCCUAAUUCUGAAACUGAAUUUGUUAGAUAUAAUGAUUACAAAUCUUAAAUUCAUAUACUGUUUCCCAUUGUCGUAAAAAAAAAAAAAAAAAGGUGUAGACUCGGCCUCAUUAGAUCAUGAAUCAUUCCUUCAGUAUUAAUAUGCAAUAAAGCUUAUAUAUGUGUAACGUGAUAUAUGCUAUUUGUUGUAAUGUGUUAACCUAGUGAUGACAAGGAGAUUAAAUAUUGGUUUUUCGUUAAUGUUUGAUUAUCUUAGGAAUUAUUUACAUAAUACCUUAAAUCUAAAUACAAAACUUGUUAUUUAAAUAACAUUUACUAAUUGACAAGCAUAAAUAAAUAUUAUUAGACCUGCCUACUGCAUCAGAGUUUUGAUAAGGAUUGUCUGAAAACCAGAAUACUUUUACUUACUCAGCUUUUCUUAAAGGGAUGUUUCCACUAGGUUUCUGUACUGUCUGGAUCAAUGCCUGAUGAAGACUGGACAAGCCUAGUAGAAACAUCACUGUAUAAAUAAAAAGCAAGCUAUGUAAUUGAUGUGUAAAAGUUGUACAAUUGUUAAGGUUAAUUGACGUAAAUUCUGCUUAGGAAGUUAAAGAAAGUCAUCUCAAAAUUUUAUAGUUGUGUAACUUUUAGUGACUUGGAAAUUGGAAUACCCAUGUAUAAUUUAGGAAUUUUUAGAUGCUGAUUGGUCAAUUAACCUGGAAAGUACUAUAGUACAGUAUUUUUUCAGUGACAUUUAGUAAUUGAACUGGAAUAUUCUGGACAUAAUUCUAUGGAAUACAAUAAUUGCUUUUUACUGAGGGAUGUUUCGACUAGGUUUCUCUAGUCUCAAUCAUUGCUUGAUAAUGUCUAGAGAAGCCUAGUCGAAACGUCGCUCAGUUAUAAACGGUUAUUGUAUUUCAGAGAAUUGUGACCAGUGUAUAGAAAAUAGUAUACUUACUUAAAGAUGCAUUUAUUUUGUGGCAUUAUUAAUAUUUGUAUCCAAUUAUUGUAGAUGUUUCAAUUUUUAUCAUUUUAAUCGUGAAGUUUUUAUUAUAGUAAUUUGUUUUGGGGUAAUUUUUAAACAUUUAAAAUUGGAACAAAUUAAAUGUCUUCAAUUUAAAGUAAAAUGUGUAUAUGUUAUUGGGAUUGUUAAUAUGAAGUUAAGUUGAGCAAUAGUCAGUAUUUGUAACGUUUAUGUCUAUAGAGAUUAUCGUCUGAAACCAGUGAGUUCGGUGAUGGCCGGGGUCAGAUUAAGAACAAUACAGAUUUUGGUGUCCCCAUAUAGGCUUAUAUGUAAUUCCAAAUAUAAACAAUAAUAAAACAUGAAAUAAAUGUGUAUUUUUCAAAAAUGAGGUUUUAUACACGUCAUAAUUAAUUAAGACAAAGCAGGCAACAGUAAUAAGGAAGGAGAAAACAAUGAAAAACUUAUUAAAAUUCUUAAUUAUUUUUUAAAUUACAUAUCUUGAUUUUGUCAACUAAUAAAGCUGGUGGUGCCCUAAGCAUGUGCUUAUUUUUCCUUAAUUCUGCCCUGGUGAGGCCAGCAGAACAAACUCCUUGAUUGUAUACCACUCAUGUAUAGGGCCGAGUAGUAGUACUCAAAAAUGUCAGAAAGGUAGAUAUUUCAUUCUUUGAUUGAUGUCCUGGUUGUCGCCCCUUACGCUCUUAAUGCCACUGUCUGAAACACUUUCAGCACAUACAGAUGAUAACUGCUUCGUAAAUAUAUUGUUAUGUUAUUGUCAUUAUGGGAAAGAUUAUAAUGUCCGCACUCCAUGGAAAACAGUCAUGUUUCGCUUUUAUUAUGAAACUAGAAAUUGGUCUAUAAAUAUGAAUUUUGCCUCUAGUUUGACAAGAUGUUAAACUCCCCUGACAGUUGGAAAUGGAAAUAAAACAGUUGGGCCAAAAUUCACAUAUCACACUGUAUGUCAUAUGCCUUUUCUUUUAGCUGAAUUGGUGCAGGUCAGUAGGAUGUUAAACCCCAUUUCAUUUUAUCAAUUUUGAAAUUAUAUUUACUUCCGAUACAUCAUACCGGUGCUAAAAUUUCUGUUAAAUAAAGCUACCAACAGAAAAUGACCUUUUUGAAAAUUUAACAAAUGUGACCUGAAAAUGGCAUCAAAAUGAUAAGAGUCUGUAAUUAAAUGGGAUUUAGCAUUUCUACUUGUGACUUUCAGGGGAUUUUAGAACAUUGAGUUCAACUUUUUACACGAGAUUUGUGAUGUUACGAGUUGACAUGAAAGAAAUGUAAGACAGUGUUACAAGUUGAUACAGAGAUAUUUGCCGACAUUGAUAUUUGCAAACAUCUUAAUGUCAUCUUGGAGCAUGAUUUGUAUAAUGAAAAAUGGACUAAAACUUGAUUCUGCAACUUUAUAUCAAAUCACAUAGUACCAUGUAUGUUGUUACUUGCAUGUCAUUUUCAUUUUCAUUGAAAUUUUCAUUACUGGUACAUAAUUUUCCCAGUUGCCAUGUUUGAUCACUAAUCUACAAUUCAUGUAACUAAAUAUCCAUAUUAUUAUAAUGAUGUUGAUGUUAAUAUUAACUAUAGGUUAUAUGUGUAUUACAUAUGUUGUUACGUGUUGUCACUCACUGUAAAUAAAGCCGAAAAUAAAAGUAGAACCAUCCACUA